GUAAAUUUGCCUUAUAUGCUUCCUUUAUCCUAUUUUGCCUUUAUUUCCACUUGAAGCUUCAUAGAUACUCUCUCAAUAGGCUGAACCAAUCUCACCUUCCCCAUCCUCGGUUAAGAUUGGAGACAAGAUCUCUGCCCCUAGGGACUCAGCUGAGGAUCCUAUCAAUAUGAACAAUGUUGAAGAUUUCUUUGCUCGUGUCACGGGGCAAAUCAAAAGGGCUCAGUCUCUGAGCUCUGCUAUGGGUGGAUCCUCUUGCACUAAUAUCAAGUCUGCUGCAGUAAGAAAGUCCUCACCCUCAGUUGACGUGCUUGCGAAAGCCAAAGAGGAUGUUGAGAAGUUACUUGUGAUGCCUUUCCAAGACGUGCUUCUCCUUGAAAACCAUUCAACUCUAAGCGCUGCCCUGUCAGUAUAUGCUGCAUCACCAAAUCUUACCAUUGGCAGGGCCCUUGCCUUGGAGAAACUAAAGAGAAGUCUUCCUUCUCUCUCCUCUACAUUUCAACGAGCAAAGGAUGACCAAGAAAAGUAUUAUAAGAAGGCUGCCAAGAAAGUAGUCUUAAUUGAUGAGCUUGCCAAAGGACGGGACACAUACACCAAUCUUAGGAACCAGCUCGAGAAACUUGCUGGUACAAUAGGUUCCAUCAAGGAUCAAAUUAAGGAGUUGAAAGUAAGCCAAAAGGAGGCAAAGAUAAAAAAGAAGGCCAUCGAGGAACAAGAAGUAGCCUUGGCAAAGGCCUGCUUCACGAAAUCUGCUGUUUUAGAGAACAUGGAAGCUGAGUUUCCUGCCUUGGAGCAGAUGAAGGAGCUGGCUGAUUCAGAUAUUGCUCAAGUGGAGGCUAGUUGGGCAGGCUUCAAAUCAAAGAUCCUUGACACUGAACAAUGAACUUUGUUGCUGGGCUGUAAAUUUGUAAUAGCUAUUAGGCAUCAAGGCUUUUGAUACAAUAUCUUUUUGCUCAUGUAUGUAAGAUGUACAUACUCAACUCAGGCUUUGUUGAGUUGAGCAUGUACAUGUAUAUAUUUGUAAUGGUCUAAGUUUCUUUAGGUAACAAGCUGA